CAAACAGAUCUAAUCCUCCACCACCACACUCUCCAAUUGUCUUCCAAGUACAGAAAGAUGAUAGCUGUGAUCGGAUUGCUUCUGGGUUUUCUAGUUUCAGCAUUGUUCCUAAUCCAAGGCAAGCGAAGUAGAUCAAACGACAAUCAAGAGAAGAAGAGGUCUAGUCACGAGCCUGUAGAGGUAAGACCAAAAAGUUACAGCAAGAGUGAAGUCGCAGUACAUAACAAAAGGAACGAUUGUUGGGUCAUAAUCAAAGAUAGAGUCUAUGAUGUUACUUCUUAUGUUGAAGAACAUCCUGGUGGUGACGCCAUUCUAGAUCAUGCUGGUGAUGAUUCUACUGAUGGCUUCUUCGGACCACAACACGCCACUCGUGUAUUCGACAUGAUUGAGGAUUUCUACAUCGGAGAACUUCUUAAGUAAGCAAAAAAGUUGGCUUUUUUAUUCUCUUCUGAUUGAAGAUUUGAGAUUGUAGAACCUUUUGUCUUGCUAGUAUAUCUCUUUCUUUUUCUUCCAUUGUAUUGCCAAAGUUUCCUCCUUUUCUAUUAAUUUUAAUCGGAAAUCUCGAGUUUCAGAGCUUAAAGCUAA